CCGAAAAUCUCGAUAUGUCUGCCUUCAGAGAUCUGGACAAUGGCCUCCCUUUAGUCGCCUCAGCCGAGCAGAACGAGCUCAUGGAUGCCAUCGACAGACUGCGCCCACUGUCACUGCAGCACGAACUCGAACUUCCACAACUGAUCGUCUGUGGCAAACAGUCGUCAGGCAAGAGCUCGGUGCUGGAAGCUAUAUCCCAUAUUCCGUUCCCCAUAGGCAGAGAGACGACCACAAGGUUUGCGACCGAACUCGUACUGAGGAACGCUUCAGACGAGAACAUUUCUGCAUCAAUAGUCCCCUCUGCAGGAACUUCGACAGCCGACCUUGCAAUUCUUCGUGAAUUUGACCCAGAUGUGCAAAGACUCUCAGAUUUCUCCCGGGUCCUAAGGGAGGCAAGUGAUCAUCUCAAAAGGCUUGUACCUCCUGGCAAACUCUCAUCUCACAGGCUUCGGAUCGAGCUCUCUGGUCCGCAACAACCGCACCUCACUUUAAUCGACAUGCCGGGUCUGAUGUUGAAUGCGACCUCUGGGUUCACAGAAUCGGACAUCGAAUCUGUCAGAACCGUCAUGAAGGAAUAUAUGCGGCAGCCAAAAAGCAUUAUCUUGGCACUUAUGCCAGCGUCUGAUGAUCUGGCUGAUCACGAAGUUCUUCAGUUUGCGGCUGAAGCAGAUCCGGAAGGUGUCCGGACUCUCGGCAUUUUGACCAAACCCGAUCGUAUAGAAGACGACGAGAGCCGCGCGGUGCGUAUCAAGGUAGUUCAGAAUGAGGAAAUCCCUCUGAAGCUUGGGUGGCAUGUCUUGCGCAACCUUGGCCCAGGAGUUGAGACUAGAUCCGCUGAAGAUCGCGAUCGAGAAGAGGCUGACUUCUUCGCUGAUCCGGGCUCAGUGUGGUCCACAGUCGCACCUGCCAAAAAAGGCGUCGCUGCGUUGCGUGCAAGACUUCGAAGCAUACUCUUGCGCAGCAUUGCGGAUACACUUCCAGCGCUGACCAGCGAAAUUGAACUCCGGAUUAGUGCAUUGGACCAACAUUUGAUCAUGCUUGGACCACCACGUAUGACCUCUAACGAACAGCUUUCCUACCUCGAUAACAUAUCUCGAGAAAUGUCAACCCUAAUCGAUCAGGCAUGCAAGGGAACAUACGAUGAGCCUUUCUUCACAUCUGCGUUGACAAACGAUGGCAAUAAUGCGAGGCUACUUAGAACCAGGAUUCGGGACCUCUACGAUGAUUUCUACCAACACAUGAUCGAUGAUGGCCAGCUCUACCACAUCGUGGAUGGCGAGACUCGGACGUGCUCUGUACACGAUCGGUCCGUUCACAGUGGCGAGAUUGUGCUCGGACGGACAACCUCGCCUCUAUGUGUCAGCUAUCAAAAUAUGGCCAAAGCUGUACUGCACUACAUUGGCCAAUUCCGAGCACAGGAGUUGGAUGGCGAACCUCCAGCAGUCGCGAUUGGGCAAGUUUUCAGACUGAUGGCAACACCUUGGCAGCACCUUGGAGAUGCAUUAGCGAUCCGUUGUAUUGAUGCAGCACGAUACUUUUUCUGCUCCGCAUUGAAUGCAUGUGCCCCUUCGCAUACUGCCAAUGCUAUCUACGAAAGAAUGGUCGCAAGUCGCUUCGAGAGUUGCCGGGAAAGGGUGCGCCUAAAGGUCAAGGAGCUCACGACACCGUAUCAGUCACCAUUCCCAAUCACCAAAAAUCCUCUGUAUCGUUCGAACCUACGAAGCUACGAUCUCAAAGCCAUUGACGAGACUGCUCGGCUAGAGGGGCCCCUGCGCAACAUAGAAGAAGCUGCAAAUCUCGCUCGCCGGCCGGAACACAAUGUAUUGAACGCUGCUGCUGUGUACUACGAGAUUGCCGUCCACACAUUUAUCGACAACAUCAUGACGUUGGCUAUAGAAAACUGCAUCAUGACUCCGCUCAAGGAUAUGUUCAACGUUCGAAAGGCACUACAGCUGGACGACGCGUCCUUCGCAGCUAUCACUGCUGAACCUAAUGAGGUAGUGACCAGCCGGAAAAGUUCUGCCGAAGAUUUGCAAGUGUUUACGGAGGUACUCGAAGUUUGCAACAGACACAAAUUCUUCGCAGGCACCAACUCCCUGGAAGAAGAUUCGAGCGCGGAUCAUGUGCAAUUGAACAACAUCCAUCGUGCAGCUACUCCCACCACGAGCCCAGCCAAGCUCCGAGCAAGCAGUGACGGUCUGCUGGCUGUCUCCAGACAAGAUGCUGCAAUGCGAACGCCCCCAAGAACCCCAGAAAAUGACGCACGCGAGCGCGGCACAACGCUCGGAAUGCCUUUGCCCCAAGACGAGAGUUCUGCUGCUAUUCGCGAUUUAUUCGACCCAGAUUUUGAUGCGAGCAGCACACCUCAAAUUGACCAAAACGAACACUUGGGCCUGCCGCACAAUGGUACCAGAACUGCUCAGCGCCGUCAGCCACAACACCGAGGUAUCUUUACAAAUAACAACAUUUAG